AUGAAGAGGGUGAAGGAAUUUCGCACUAAGCUCGGCGAUGCGACAACUCCGAGGAAAUCCAUGGCAGCCAAAACGUCAAAAUCAAAUGGAGCAAUGAUAUCGCUUCUCCCCUUUCAUCCGAAGUCGGUAGCUGCUGCCAAGGAAAACGAGGAGCAAGCUGAGGAAUUCAGUCAAGCUUUCGAGAGGUUCCGUUUCGACCUCCUUGCUACACUCAAAGGCCAAAAUCGAAUAAUUAAACACGAAUUAUGCAGUGCUCUAAAAAUACUUGAAAGCGUGAUUCGUCACAUAGCCGAUUCCAACGUUCAUUAUCGGAUGCUGAUGGCUGUGAAUAUCUUCAAAAAUGUCAAGGACAAAAUUUCUGAUGGAGAGCGUGAUCAAGCGAAGGCUGGAUUGUUUCCUUCCCCAGAUAGUUAUGUCGAAGAUACGACGAAACUAGUAGCCGAAGUUAUUGCUCAAAUUCGAUCUAUCAUUGGUAUGAAACAGUUGCAUGAGGCUAUAGCCUUUUCAUGGAAUGUUGCAAGAUCGUCGAACAAAUCACCUGAUCCUGUUAUUGUAGGGUCAGCCGAACAGAUUCCGAAAGGCAAACCAUCGGAGGUGACUGAGAAUGUGAUCAAUCUCACUCUUUCGGCGCUCGAAAUGCCCUCAUUGUCUCACAUGACUGGUGAAGAAACUAGCCGGAUCUGCUUCCUCGAUGAACUGCAAUGGAACAAUUCGGAGGUCGAGCAGAGCUUUGAAACGAGCGCUUCUCCCGUCAUUGAUGAGUUAUGCGAGGAGACUCCAUUGGACGUCGAGGAACCCUGCUCUAGCUCUAGAGGAGCUCGAUUGAAUUGUGCAGAUGUCGCUCAGUCUUUGAGAACAUUUUUCCCAGAGAACUACGAAACAUUAGCAAAACACUUGUUUGAUUUGCUCGCUUCGGAGAGAACGAAUGAGGAACUCCAAGGAGAGUUGAUUGACCUUCUUGGUUUCGAUCACUUCGAAAUGGUAGGAGGGAUAUUAGAGUCACGGUCGCAACUCAUCAAUGAACUGAACGCUUCGCGACACGAGGCGACCAAGUUGUCGAGUUAUGCCCCUGAAAAG